GAACGUCUGUACUGAACUUGAAAGGUGCCAUCUUGGCCAUUUUGCAUCAGAGAAACGGCCGAGACGGCCCUGAGUUGUCUAUCUUCAGUGGUUGAAAAUUCUAUCAGGGAAAUUUUUUUGGUUGCUCAUUACAAGGCUUGGGACUAAAGAAUUAAAUUUGCAGUGCAUAUUUAGAAAAUGGCCUAUAAUUUCCCGGGAAUGCCUGCUAUGGCACCAAUAGGAAUGGGUCCCAUGGGUCCCCUCGGUCCCCUCGCCAGUCAUCAAGGAUUCAUGGAACUGGCUAGCCAAGGUUUUCCUCCAUUACCACCUCCGCUGCCGCUGCCUGGUAUGAACGAUUCUCCCCUUGAAUUCAGUACGAAUAAAAAUCAGCCCCCCGCAGUUCGUGAAAGUACAGAAGAGCCAACGGAUCGCAGGAGUGAUAAAAAUGAUGUCAGAAGAGAUCGUGAAACUCGUGACACCCGAGACUUGAGAGACACUCGAGACAAUAGUAGAAGAUCUAGGAGCGAAAGGAUCGACCGAAGGGAUAGAGAAAGAAAAGAUGACAGAAACGAUAGAGAAAGAAGAGGUGACGACAGAAGAGUCGAGGAAAAAGCGAGUUCAGCGAAUAGUAAUCACAAUAAUAAUGAUGUAACACCCAUAACACCGACAGUUACCACUAGUACUGCCAACGUAUCACAGAUUGAUCAAACUUCUGGUGUAUGGGGUAUGGGAGUGGAUUACUCAAUUAUGGGAAUGAGUCCGAUGGGUGCUAUGGGACCAAUGCUUGGAGAAAUGAGUCUACAGCAUAUGGGACAUGGCUAUGGACCAAUGGGAAUAGGGAUGAUGCCUCAUGAUGGUAGCAUGCUCGGUCCACAAAUUAUUCCUCCUGAUACUAUCGUCACUGACAUUGCUGCACAACUUAUGGGUAGUGGAAUACCACCACCACCUCCUUCUACUCCACAGACUACUAAAGAGAUUGUUCAUCUCAAAAGUUGUACGCUGAUUCCUCCAAAUCCUAAUGCACCACCACCAACUACUAGAGAACGGCCGCCUGGAUGUAGAACUAUUUUUGUUGGAGGAUUGCCUGAAAAUAUCAGCGAGGCAAUGAUCCAAGAGAUAUUCGAAAGAUGCGGAGAGAUCACAACUCUCCGUUUAUCGAAGAAAAAUUUCUGCCACAUAAGAUUUGCAGCUGAAUCUAGUGUCGAUUCAGCAAUCUUCCUUUCGGGAUAUAGAGUCAGAAUCGGAUCAGGAGUCGAGACUGCUAAUACCGGAAGACUUUACGUUGACUAUGCACAUAUCUACGCGAGAGACGAUCAGUAUGAAUGGGAGUGUAAACAACGGCAAUUACAACGUAUUCAGCGGCAUAGAGAGCAAGUAGAAGAAGAAAGACAAAGAAUGCAGUCUAGUCCACCACCAGUUGUCCAUUACACUGAUUACGAAGCUUCCAAUAUCUGCGAAAAAAUUAAACAAGAUGAUACCUUUAUGAAAGCUGUUCAGAUUGUAGUGACAUGGUUGGAACGUGGAGACUGUACAAAACGUAACGCCAAUACAUUUUAUUCGAUGAUUCAGUCUACGAAUUCUCACGUUCGGAGGCUAUUAACAGAACGAGCAUCAUACGAGGAAGAACUCCAGAGAGCAAAAGAACUCAUGAAAGGUCGCAUACAAGGACUUCUUAUACAAUUCAGUCAGAUCGAACGUGUAUUCACGGCGGCCAGUCACAAGAAGGUUUGGGAUCAUUUCACCAAGGCACAGAGGAAAAACAUCGAGAUGUGGAAGAAACAGUCUUCGGAGAUCAAGACUGUUCAGCUGGAAGAGGUGCUAAUGGAGGGUGAAGGAGAAAUGGAGGUUUCCGAUUGCGAAGAUGAGCCAUUGAGGAAAAGAACGAGAACACAGCCAGACUCAGAUGACACUGCCAAGGUUCACGCAUUGAAAGAGGAAGCUGACAGUUUGAAAUGUCAAUUGGAGGCAUAUAAAAAUGAGGUGGAUUUAUUGAAGUCUGAAACGAAACUUGAAGUGGAUGCUAAAGACAAACAAAUGAAGAUGCUGCAACAGACUUUGAAGGGUAUGCAAGAGCAGUUGGUGCAGUCAAGGAAACAACAUGCUCAGGAUGACCAAAAAAUCAGAGAAUUGAUGGCCAAGUUAAAUUCUACAAAGAGCAAGAGCAAGGGAUCAUCCGAAAGUGAAGUCAUAAUGCUAGAUAAAGAUGAUGAUGUUAAUGAGGAGCCAAGAACUCCCAAGCCUAUCGCAGCUGUGCCAGGAUAUGUUCAAGUCACUCAAAAGGAUGCAAAACUAAUAGGUUUGAUAGCCACAUUUCUACAUAUCCAUCCUUUUGGAGCUUCUGUCGAUUACGUAUGGUCGUAUUUACAAAAAAUGGAACCUGGUAUAAGACCAAAUGAGGUUGAAGCCUUGAUGCAACGUUUCCCUCAAGUAUUCAAGCAAGAAUUGUCAGGGAUCGGAGCAAACAUGGAAAGACGUUGGCAAUUCUCUGGCUUUAACAUUCGUCAGCUUCACUGACCACCUAUUGCGAGGCCGGCCUCGCGCAGAAUCUCAAAUGAUCAGAGAAUCAUCAAGAAUAACCCACCGGAUCGAGAUCAACACGAUGAUUUCGAGAGUUUCUGUGAUGCUGCUGAUCCAUAGGAAGAAUUCUCAAUUAUAUCUGAUGUUUAGGAAAAAACAAAAAGCGCUUUUAUCAGUUUUGCCAUAUUAGUGUGUAAUAUUCUUUGAUUGUUAUCACUCGAUUAUUCGAUUCAUAUUUGAUACACAGAGUGCAAUAUUUAUGUGGAUUUGAUAAUUCAUACGUUCAGGACAUAUUGUGGAAAACUGGGCUCUUCAUGAAUUAAAAAAUUAUGUAGUAAAAAAGUAAUGGAUUGAGUAAUAUUGAAAAGAAAAACAAGAGGGGGCGUAUUAAAACACCAACACAGCAUUUUAUAAUCUCUACAUUUUAAUGACGCGAUUUACGUAUUGAAUUCUACUAAAUUGAAAUUUACUCACAUUGUAAAAUUCAAACGUGUAAAGGUUUAAUCCACUGCGAGCAAUUCGACAUAUAUAGUACAAGUAUGUGCAAUUUUAAGAAAAAAAAAAACAAUUUAUAACAGUCUCAGAUUGGUGGAUUUUUUUUUCCUGAAUUCCACAUGCUAAAUAUGAAAUCUAUCGAAUUGCACACAACACCUUGAACAUUUACAAGUUUGAAUUGUACAAUGGAUAACUGGAUUUGUACAUUUCAAUUUAUCAGAAUUAAAUAUUAUAUCGUGUACUUACAAUAUGAGCAUUACAAUUUCUGUAGACAAGGUCUACAAAAACAAUAAAUUAAUAAAUAAAACUAAAGCAAAACAUAAAAUAUGUCAAAUAAUGUCCAUUCUUUACGAUAGCGCAUUUUAUGGAGAAAAUGAUGUGUCGGUAUUUGAGUACGUUCAUGAGGAUCUUUACAUGGGAAAAAGUCAUAUAGAGUUCUAUAGGACGUUCUUAUAAGGCGAUUCUACAGGUUUAUCGUAUGUGACGUCCGGAUAAUUUCUACAUACAAUUUAUCUGUAGAAAUUUCUGUAAGAUUCCUGUACGAAUUUUCACAUAACAAAUUUUUAUCAUUUCAUAAUAAUAAUAAUAAUAAUAAUAAUAAUAAUAAUAAUAAUAAUAAUAAUAAUAAUAAUAAUGUUCGAGCGAUGGCCAGUCGCAAGCCCCUUGCGGUAAAUGACGUUAAAAAUAAAAU